AUGGUAGGCGUUUUCCGGCGGUCUCUCUCUUUCCCAAACAAAAUAAACCCAAGCAAUAUUCCAAAUAACCGUAACCACCGUCCAUCAAAAGUCCGACCGCCGUUGUCUCGUCACACCAGAUCCAUCAGUCUUCCAACCGGACCCCACCCCUUCAUUUCCCACCUCAAAGAACACAUAGCCAGCCUUCAAUCCUUCAAAUAUUCCUAUUCCACCACCAACUCCUCCUCUUCCUCCUCAGCCCCCUUCUCCGAUUGGCUAUGCGAAGGCUUGACCCGCCUCAAAGACUUGCACCACUGCCUCGAUGACACUCUCCGCCUUCCCCAAACCCAAGAAUCCCUCCGCCGUCUCAAAGGCUGCUGCUCCGUCGAUAACCUUCUCGACCAAUUCCUCCGUUUUGCCGACAUCUACGGAAUAUUCCGCACCUCCGUUUUGGCUCUCAAACAGGAUCACUCCGCUGCUCAAGUGGCUUUGAGGAAGAGAAACGACUCCCAGGUAGCAUUGUACGUCAAAGCUAGAAAGAGAAUGGCCAAGGAAAUGAUAAAGCUAGUCAACGCACUUCGUUCCAUCGCACGGCCAGCACCGGCCGCGGCCACGCCGUUCGAGUACGUUGGCGACGAUAUUAGUUACUAUAACGUUGACCAUGAGCUGGCGGGUGUUAUGAGCGAGGUCGUUCAAGUGACGGUCGCGGUGUCUCUUGCACUUUUUACUGGAGUCGCGGCAGACAUAUCAUUCGGCGGGCCCACAAUAUCAUCAUCCAAAUCGACUGUCACGUCGUCAAUGCGGGCAACGUGGAUGGGAAUAUUCAACAUCAAGGCAACGUUAGAUAAUCAAUUAUGUACUGAUCGUCACGAAAACCCAGUACGAGUUAGUAAUAAUAUCGGAGUUGGGAGCUUGCGUAACUUGAAAAAGAAAGGAGAUGAAGAAGUCAAAACAACAUUAAAGAAGAUGCAGGAAUUGGAGGCGUCCAUGGCUGGGAUUGAAACUUGCUCCGAAACAGUUUUCAGGAGUUUAAUCAACGCUAGGGUUUCACUGCUCAACACUCUCACCCUACUCUAA